UCGAUCGUCUGCUGAUCAUGUGCUGAGCUUUAAGUGAAUCUAUUUACAUUUAACUUAAUUUCCAAUUUGAUUGUUUUCCCUCUAAUUAAAUUAAUUUUCUUCUCAAAAAUGACCAAUUCCGACGAAGAGGUUGUUGAGUCAAAUGAAGGUAAAGUCAAGAAGGAAAAGGAAAAGGAAAUUACUGCUAAGCAGCCCUUAAGGACUCUUCCCAUGAGGCAAGCUAGGAUCAAUGCCGCGUUAACAUUAGAUGUACAAUCGCGAGACUCCAAUAGAGUUUUAAGAUCAUCAAAACCGUCAACUAGUAGUAACUCAUCGACCACUAAAUCUCCUGUUAAAAAAGCCUCCAAGACUUUAACCACAAGCACUUCUACUUCAACUAAGAAAACCGUUAAAUCAAAAGGUACUGACGCAUCCACAUCCACAUCAAUAGCCAAACGUCCUGUAGUUGUUACUCAACAAGUAAUUCGAAGGCCUUCCCUUAGAGCUGCUCGUCGUCGUAUCAAAGCUAAAAAUAUAAAAGCUCGAUCAUCCAAGUGUCAACUUUUCUUCUGUGACAAAUGUGAUAAAGUUUAUGAUCAUUAUAGCGAGUUAGUAUACCAUCAACGUCGCCAUACUGGGGAAAAGCCCUUUGCAUGCACAUGGCCUGGUUGUUCUGCCGCUUUUUCUGCCUCCAAUGCUCGAGUUCGUCAUAUGAGAAUUCACACUGGUGAAAAGCCUUAUGUUUGCCCUCACAGUGAAUGCGGGCGAAGAUUCACUUAUUGGAAGGACCUUAAGCUCCACAAGUUACGCCAUUCAGGAGAGAAACCUCAUAAAUGUACUUGGCCUGGUUGUUCAUCGAGAUUUUUCCGUCGAGAUGAUCUAAAGCAUCACCGAUAUACACAUACAGGUGAAAAGCCUUACAAAUGUACAUUUCCUGGAUGUGAAUCCGCUUUCACUCAAAAAUCUCCAUUAAACUUACACAUGAGGAAAAUUCAUAAAAUACUUCCUGAUAGUAAACCCCCAGAUAAAUCUCAGGUUAACCAAGUAAAUAAAACCAAUGAAGCUUGUAACGGUGAUGCGGUAAUUAGUAAUAAUAUAUCCACUCCAUUUGAAUAUCCAGUUUACCAAACAGUUUCCAAUAAUAUAAUUCGUGAAUCAGUACCAAACAAUCAGGUACAAAUGCCUGAUUCUAAUCAUAUCCAUCACAAUAAUAAUAAUAACCAUGUUACAAACAACAUGAUGUAUGUCAAUUCCAAUCAAAAUGUUCAAUGUAUGGCAGUUGCUGAUAAAUUGAGCUCCAUUUUGGUUACAUGUGACGUUUCACCGGCCACUGUACAUGGAGUAAGUCAUCAAUUUAACCAAGAUGUCAAUGGUUGGCCUGGUUAUACUUAUGUACCAGAAACUGUCGAUUUAAAUCAAAAUAUGUCAAACACUACACGACCUUUAGGUGCACAACCAUUAGCAAAUUCAUCUUGCAUGAAGGAACCAAAUGUAAUCACUAAACCCUCCGAUCAAAGCAUGAACCAUUUACCGAAUUUAGAUGAUCUCCUUGCCGAUGCAUGUGCCGCAAGUCAAAUUCCAAUGGAUAACUCGAUUAACAUUACCAAUAAUAGUAAUAAUAAUAAUAAUCUAAAUUCAGUUAAUCAAGGCACAAGUUCAUCUUUCCUUGCAAAUGAAACCAAUUGUGUAGUAACGACGCUUAUCCAAUCAAACAACGUUAACGUUUCAACUUCGAUGCCGACUUUAAAUGCGAAUUUGAGUCCAACAUCAAGUACCACCGCUCCUACUAAUGUAUCCUUAACUACUUCUAUUUCGACAUCUACUAAUGAAACUUCGCAACAAACUAAUAGUCCAUCAAAAGAAUUAACUUCAAAUUCGAUUGAAAAAAAUACUACUACUGAAUCGACUCAAGAGACCAAUUCUUUAGAUGCUAAUAAGAAAAGUGGAAAGGCUCAAGAUUCUGUUAAAACGACUGAAGAUGCAAGUACAUCCCCCAUCAAAUCUCCAAGACCAAUUCGAAAACGUGCAAACUAUCGUAUCAAAGCGCCUGAGACAGUUAAAAAGAUCGUUGUUGCUAUAAUUCGACAAAAGCCUGUGAUUGAAACUAAGUCAUCAAAGAAAAAAUCAGCCACAAAAAUCGAUAAACUUGGUGCUAAAAGAACCAUCGCCAUACAAACGACUAAAAGACAACCAGCCGAAAAAACUAAAGAUGGUAAAUUUAAAUGCGAUUAUUGUGAACGUGAAUUUAAAGCCAAACAUGAUCGAGAUUGUCACCAUAUGACCCACACCGGAGAGAAACCAAGAGUUUGUGAUUGGCCUGGUUGCGAUUAUCGAUGUAUAACCAAGAGUAAAUUAACUCGACAUCAACGUAAACAUACAGGCGAACGUAAUUACCCGUGUGAUUGGCCUGGUUGUGGUAAAGCAUUUUCAACAAGUCGCCAUCAAAAGGAGCAUAAAAGGACUCAUACCGGAGAGAAGCCAUUUAAAUGUGAUUAUCCAGGUUGCGAUAAAUGGUUCGCUCGUAAAGAUCAUAUUAAAAAUCAUCGAUUCACUCACACAGGUGAGAAGCCAAGAAAGUGUCCAUACCCUGGAUGUGAGGCCGCUUUCAUUCAAUUAUCGCCCCUCAAAAAGCAUAUGGAGCUUCAUAAACGUGACAAUGGUCCAGUUCCUAAUCGAACCCGUAAACGUAAAACUGGAGUAAAUACUGGAACCAAUGAAGAUCCAGACCAGUCUAUUGUCAACGAGUGUCCCAAUAAUCAAACGACGACUAUUAGUAAUGCCUCUAACAAUGUUACUAUUAAUACAAAUCCAAUCCAAUUGGAUCCAUUGACACUUGAAAUGGUCACUAGUCGAAUGGUUUCUCAACAUAAUCCACCAGUUCAAGCGUUCAAUAUGCUAGUGCAACAACAACAACAAGGACAAGAAAAUCAAAACGUUUGCCUAACUGGUUACGAAUCUAACAAUACAAUUAAUCAUAACAAUCAACCAGUUAACAUUGAUUAUGAAGUUUUGUUUAGACAUCCAACUUAUUGUUGAAAUAAGUAUACAUCAAACAACGAGUUCUAGCAAAACAAUUUCAACUCCAUUCCGUUUAAUUACUUGUGUUCAUAAAACUAAAAUCUAAUUGUCAUAUCUAACAAUUAAUAUAUAAAUAUAUAUUUCAAUAAUAACUAUAAAAUAAUUAACAAUUAUCACAAAAAAAAGACAAAUCUAUAUACAUCAUAUAAAUAUGUAUAUUAUAUAUGCUACUAUUAUAAUUUAUUUGUUAUGAAUGUUUAAGAAUGACAAUAAUUAACCACCGCAAUCAAUAAUUAACUUUAAUUCAAUUUUCUAGAUUAUUAUUUUGUCCAUUUGAUAAAUGAUUAAAUGCUUCUAAAUAUAAA